UCCACCGCUUUGAGUCCGUGAGCAGUGAGUGAGCAGCACGGGUGAGCACGAGGACGUGCGGCAGCAGCAGAUCUCCGGUAACGCGCCGCGAUGAUCGGUGGCAAACCGAGCGCGAUCGCCGCGGGCGUCUGUGGCGCGCUCCUCAUCGGAUACUGUAUCUAUUUCGACAGAAAACGACGCAGCGAUCCGAACUUCAAAACCAAACUGCGUGAACGGAGGAAGACGCAAAGAGCUGCUCAAAAUAAAUCUGGCCUUGCUCAACUGCCGGAUCUGAAAGAUGCCGGAGCCGUGCAGAAGUUCUUCCUGGAUGAGAUCCAGCUGGGCGAGGAGCUUCUGGCUCAGGGAGACUACGAGAAGGGUGUGGAUCACCUGACCAAUGCGAUCGCAGUGUGUGGCCAACCACAGCAGCUCCUGCAGGUGCUUCAGCAAACGCUCCCAGCGCCGGUCUUCCAGAUGCUGCUCACCAAACUGCCCUCCAUCAGCCAGCGGAUAGUGAGCUCUCAGAGUCUGGAAGAAGAUGAUGUCGAGUGACCGAUGGACCUUCUGAUCUUUUAUUUAUCAUGUUCAUUCCUGUUUGGUUGCACAUCUAUCCUGAACACUUUCUGUUCCUGGUGGUGUGUGCAUUGACAUUGUUCUUAUGAAAUGGAUGUUUUUCUAUUCUAAACAUGAUCUAACGGAAUCACGUAUUUAAAUGCAAUUGAAAGCUUCAAAUUAAGAACACUAUUGCAAUGAUAAGCAAAGGUCAUCAGUUCAUAAGCACUCGGUUCCUUUUAAUGUCAUUUCUCACGUUUAGUGGUUGAUCAGAUAUGAAAGAUGGAUCUAUUUGCAAUAUUAAUCAGAUGUUUUUGUUUAUAAAUCUUGUUUUUGUAUGCACUGAACUUUAAAUAAUAGAUUUUUCUUUCUAUUCAUUAAAUAAUUUAAUCAAGA